AUGGCUGCUCUGGCCGAAGUGGGAGGACUGAAAGCCCCACUUCUUGCAGUCCCCAGGGAGGGCAGAUCCCUAGAACCAGACGAGCUUCCGCGGACCAAUGGAGAUAAUCAAGGGGCGGGGACUAGCAUGGGACGUCGGCCGGCGGGGCGAUCGGCGUGGUUGCGGCCCUGCGAGUCUUGGUGCAAAACUUCAAGAGAGAAUCCCAUCUGUUGUGCAGGUGGCUUUCUGUUGAGUACCAGUCGGCACUACAAAACAAAGCCCACUCAUGGCAUUGGAAGAUACAAGCACCUAAUUGCAGCACAAGAGCUUAAGAAGAAGAGGGGAAAAGUGGAAGUGAGACCCAUUAAUUUGGGGACAGAUUAUGAGUAUGGUGUUUUAAACAUUCAAGUGACUGCAUAUGACAUGGCCCUGGCAGAGAGUUAUGCCAAGUAUGUUCACAACCUUUGCAACGAUCUCUCCAUUAAAGUUGAGGAAAGUUAUGCAUUACCCACAAAAACUAUGGAGGUGUUACAGCUACAGGACCAAGGCAACAAAAUGUUUCUGGACUCAAUCCUUACCAUUCAUGAGCGAGUGGUUCAGAUCAGUGGUUUGAGUGCUACAUUUGCCGAGAUUUUCCUGGAAAUAAUACGAAACAGUCUUCCUGAAGGAGUCAGAUUGUCAGUGAAGGAGCACACUGAAGACGACUUCAAGGGAAGAUUCAAAGCUCGACCAGAGCUAGAAGAACUGUUGGCCAAGUUGAACUAG